AUGAUGGCACAGGAUCAGAACGUUCCCUUAGUGGCCACAUCUCCACCGCGCAAACGUCGCCGACCACCCAAGUCAUGUGAUCCGUGUCGAAGACGAAAAGUUCGGUGUGAUCGGAAAGUCCCUUGCGGCCAGUGCGAGCGCGCGAGAACUGCGUUGCAGUGCAACUACGCCCCUACAGUAACUGCGAGUAGUCCCUCUGGUGGCGACAUCUCCCACCUGGCGGCCCCUUCCGUGCGGGAGGGAGAUUCACCCCCUUCCGAACCCGCGGACCCACAGAGACCAAGCCGGCCAUCGGCACAUUCGUCGCAUUUGCUGCCUCCGGAGCAGCAUCAGUCCCAGAACAAGAUCAUCCAGAAUCUACAACGCCGAAUUCGGCGUUUGGAAGACCAGCUUCCCUACCCUCCAAUCUCUCGGACCACAACUGGCCCCGAUUCCGACGUUUCUCAAGCUCAAGCUCUGCGCCACCUUCACGACCGGGUCCUUCUGACCGAGGAGCAAUGGUCUGAUUUCUCUCAACCCAGCAAUUUGGUCAACGGAUGGGCCAUUCCAGCUACCCCGCCUCGCUUGCGAGUCACUUCCGAUAAGACGAAGGUGUUUGGUCCCAGCCACUGGUUGCAUACCGCCGAGAAGUUGCAAGUUCUUGGCAAGUUCGACGCCAAAGAGGUAGAACCAUCCCUGCAGGAUGUGGACUCCCGAUCAGAGGUCGCCGGCAUCUUGAAAGAUUGUCGGCAUCUACGGCAGACCAUGAAGGCACAAGAGUCGGUCCGGCUUAAUCAUCCUGUCCCAGACAUUUUGAGCACGCUUCCAACUCAAGAAGUAUGCGAUAGUCUGGUCGAUGCCUAUCUCCGGACUUUCGAGUUGAUCUACCGGAUUGUUCAUAUCCCAUCGUUCUGGGAGGACUAUCGUCGGUUUUGGACCCAGCCACAGUCGACUUCGACCCAUUUUUUGAUGCAGCUGGUCUUGAUACUUGCCCUGGGUACAAUAUUCUACUCAGAUCGAAGCAAGAGGGCCAAUCUUCGCCGUCUCGCGCACACGUGGAUCUAUGCCGCACAAUGGUGGCUGGUAGGGCCUUCAGAAAAGUCUACUGUCAAUUUGGAGGGUCUGCAAGUUGGUUGUCUCUUGCUGUUGGCCCGCCAGACGAACAUCCUCCCGACCACGAGUUGGCUUUCCGCGGGUUCCGUGUUGCGCAUGGCCAUGGUAAUGGGGCUUCACCGCGCUCCUGAUCUCUUUCCCGCGCUCUCAGAAUACCAGUCUGAAAUGCGAGCUCGACUUUGGGUGACGGUGCUAGAGCUGACAUUAUUGUCGUCACUUGAUGCCUCCAUGCCCUUACCAUUCUCACUUCAAGAUAUCGAUUGCAUGGCGCCAUCGAAUUUAGACGACGAGCAGUUUGGUCCUAAGACCGAGAGGCUGCCCCGUCCGCAAUCCAGUGAGCGGCUGACCGAGUCGUCUAUCCAGAUUCUACUGCACAAGUCUCUUCCCGUGCGAGUGGAAGCUGUCCGGCUUCUGAACAACCAGCACCGCCAGGAACUAUCAUACGAAACCGCACUGAGGCUGGGAACUGAAUUGAGAUCGGCUUGCCGGGAUGUUGCUGCCUUGUUCGACACAGCUCGGAAUCAGUCAAGGCACGCGACCCCCGGUUCAAAAAUGGCUCCUUUUCAUCUCCGGUUCAUUGACACAUAUCUACGUCGAUAUAUCUUGUUUCUACAUCGCCCCUUCAUGAUCCAGGCUCGUAAAGACCCUCGAUUCUACCUGUCCCGGAAAGUGUGUCUAGACUCGUGCGUCGUAAUUGCAUCGUAUGCCGAUCACCUCCGUCUACCCUCAGACAGCUUGGAUGACCUCUCUCAUCUGGCCAUUGUAGGCCGAGGAUCUUUCAAAGGAGCAUUGAGCUUCGAUGUGAUUAUCUCUCUGGGCCUGGAGAUCAUCACGCAGCUUGAAGAAGAGGCUUCUACGCGACCCUCUGGGUCUUCACCCCCGUUUGUUGCCGACCACUUGGAUAAAAUGGCCAAGGCCAAUCGUGUGCCCUUGAUCCGGAGCCUAGAACAUAUUCAGGAGCAACUGCUGCAGAUCAUUGCGCUCGGGAAUCCCAGUCUGAAGCGAUACAACUUCCUAUCCGCAAUCCUGAGCCAGAUCCGAGCAAUGGAGUCUGGUCAGCCGAUUCAACCUGCCAUUUACGCCACCAUUAAAGAAAGCCUUCUGAAAUGCUACACCUUGCUCAAGGCCUCUCACGCGGCCAGUUCGCCCCAGGAAUCGGUGGAGUCGUUGACAACGGGCCCAGAUAGUCUGCCAGACUUCGAUGUGGACGCUCUAGUAAGUAUCCUCCUCCCAAUUUGCGUCUCUGCCAUUAACUUUAUAAUCAAGGAUCCUGCCUUGGGAUUGGAGAUUCCCAGUUUAUUGUUCUUUCCGGGUCUGAUGGAUAUGUCGGGCACCGAGUGGUAG